AUGCCAAUCGGGCGUUGUCGGUCUUGGGAGGAAGCUCUGGCGGCCGAGCAUGACAAGGUCACUGCCUUUGAAGCCAGAUUCCACGCUUUCAUUGUGGAGGUGGUCCAGUGGGUCAAGCAGGUUCCAGAAGGAGGCAUGGCACUGCUUCCCGCCGGUUGGCUGCGCAACAGCGUUUCCAAAGAAGAGGAAGAUGCAGACGAUUCUGGGCACUGCGUGUUGCUGGUUCUCGUUCGCGGCAGAGAAGAGAGCAGCGAGACUUGUGAUUUGGCUGUCGUGAACACUGGAGACGGCUUGCAGUAUCACCCAGCGGUAGCUAGCGGGCAAGCUCCACAUCCCAGCAUGCCAUUGAGGGAUGCUUUGGUGCUUUCGGGCUGCAGUCGUGCAGGUUUGUGUUCCAGUGCAUUUUGGUACCUCAUCUACCGCCAGCUGCUCUUCCCCUGCGACUCCAACGGGCCGCGAUUCCUGUAUGGAGUUGUUCUUCCAUUCGCAAACAAAAAGCCCUUGAGACUCAACAACGGCUCCAAGUCUGAAAAAUGGACAAGGCCGUUGCCGAUUCCAGCAGGAGGUGAUAAGUCAUUCGCGCUUUGCGUCGAGCGGGCUCUGCUACUUUGUUUUGCCGCCGCCGGCCUCUCGAAGGACGAGGCGUCAUGGUGGGCCAUGGUGAGAUCGCGUGUCGGUCUGCUGGAGACUAUCGAAGAGGCCUUGCCAACUGAAGCCUCCAGCACCACACCUGGAGAACUAGCUCUCGUCCAUGUGGCUGCGUCGGCUCUCUGCCGCGCUGCAGCCGAGCAUGCUCAACACUUCAAAGGCAGCAGGUAUCCGGAGCCUGGUGCAUACGAGGAGGUGCGGAGGCUUGCUGACAGGGUUUUGCAGAAAGUCGCCCUUCUGGAAGAAUCUGGGGGAGAGCUGCAGUCUGCACAACCACCCCCCGCAGCCUUGCCAAAUCUACAAAAAUCAGCCACUCGCUUUGAGCACUUUGAGCGGCUGGUGAAGGAGGAUGUAGAGAAGCUGAAAGGGGAAGUGGUGCUGACAUCUCGCUUGCAAGAGGAAAUCAUUGAGGCUCUUGUGUUCCUUCAGGCCGGUUUCGAUCCGAACGCCGCUGGAAGCGGCAUCAUGCUGCCGCUUGACAGUCUUGGCCUCAAGGCUCAGUUGCUCACUUUGCUCAUCAACCAGCAGGACCAGAUAGCCCAUGCUCCUGCGUCCUGCUUCGCGGUCGUGGCCCACCUGCUGACGCGACUUCUUCCAAUGCCAUUGCCUAUAGAUCACCCUCGCAAGGCCGAACUCUGUUUCUGGAGCCAAGAUAUGGUCUAUGAGACCAAGGUCCCUGCCUCAACAAGACUGCGACCUGGUGCGGUGCGGCGAAAUGUUCAAAGUUGCGAUUAA